AACAUUGUUCACUGUUCAUCGGGGCCUUCCACCCAAUCGAACGCCGCAAGGCUGGAGAAUUGCAGCACAGCCAGGCUUAUCUACGCACACUUACGUCACUAUAAAUUCCAUGCGUGACCAAGGCUGCGUAGAUCCCGGUCUAUGAUCUGCGCGGUCAUGCCCCUUUGCGAAUGGAGCAAUCUGCGAACUCUCGCACUUUGUAUGUUUCGCACCGGUAGCUUACCCAGCUAUCUAAAUCGGGUCUCUGAGCAACACAUUCCCACAUGGAUUACAUAGCUUACGUGGAAAACCCGAUCUGCGAGCUGGAGCUUUUGGAGAAUCGCCAUCGCGCCGGGCAUGCGUCUACUCAGUACUCAACCAGCUCGGAGAGUAUGUUAUUGGACGAUAACAGGCCAGAAGACUUACAGCUUUGUUACAACGGCUACGAUUGGACUCCUUCGCGUUGGUCAACAGUUCUGACCAACUUCACACAACAACCAGAUGACGUUUACAACGCAACCGUCGAUACUCAGCCAUACUACGUGUCUUCUUGCUAUGCUGAAGAAUCCGGACGAGCGCAAUCCCCUACCCAGGAUCCCUACGGAUCUCGAAUCGAGUACUGCGACUAUGUCGAAGAACCUAGACAAGCGCAAUCUCCCACCUGGUGUCCCUCCGUUCCUCGGAUUGAGUCUGGGACAUACGAAAAUGGAUCUACUAUGCAGCAAUCAUCCUCCGGUGAACUUCAACGAUCAGAAACUAUUUUGCAGAGUCCUAUGAUGCUUACGGGUGUUGGUGUGCAAGACCAAGAUUACGUUUUCCCUGAGACCGCGUCCAAGCUAAGCCAACAGCUUAUCGACUUCUCUACAAUCGCUGCGCAAUCAUCUACGACGCUUUGGCCCUUGCAUCAAGAUAUUUCGUCCUCUCAGCCGUGGUCUGCGCUGGCACAACGUAGAACAGAGGAUCUAUAUCAACCCGUUCAUUAUCUUGGCCAAUCUGAACACACAGACGAAACUUCUAUACCUUCACAUUAUCCAAAUGGCCCGGCUCAAGUCGCGCCGGGGGUUACGUAUACUCAAGUCUACGCAUGCGGCUCCAAAUAUAAAGACCAGGCUCUUAGUUCCACUGAUUGCGCAACCUCGACCCUCUCGUCAGACAGUGGGUAUCGGUCGCAAAGCUACACCCCUACAUCUGUCUCAUGUAAUAGAUCGACGCACAGAUCCUCUACACCAACCUCAAGUGAUGGAAGAAUGAAUCGCUUGAAGAUACGGAGAUCCAACAGAAAAAGCUUGGAGGUGCGGAGAUCCAACAGAAGGCGCUUUACACAAGAGUCAACUCGACGGGACCCGAGUGUCGAUGCCGCUGCUGUGUGUCAUUCUGAAACAUCCAGUAACAGCAGGUAUGCCUCUGACGUGAAGACACAACCCAACAUAGAUUCGACUAUGGUCAACAAUGCCAUUACAGAGCUAGAAGACUCUAGUUUUGGUGAGAGAACACAGGUUCUGUGUGUUGCAGAAGAUGAUGUUACACUCCAUGAACAAAACUGUCAGAGUAGGGUCUCUGUCAACGAAAUCGACAACCGCCCGAUAACAGAGAAAGAAACCGAAGAUGACCGCCAGUACCAAUCGAGGAACAACAUUGAUGUGUAUGAUAGCCCAGGAGACUUGAACGAAUACUCGGUCGCUUUCAGACAAUUCAAGCUUUGGGAAGCCUUGCAACAAGCUGAACAAGCUGAGACACAAGACUGUGUUGGAGAUGUUCAUGGCACAGAUUCCAGUAAUGCAGGCAGUUUAUCUUCAACUAUCGGCUCCUUUCCAUCAUCCUGGGGUGGUUCGACAACGGCCACAAAUAUGAGCACUACAUUAAGCGGCAGUGAAUCGUUGGACAGGAGCGGUAUAAAGAUUGGUACAACCAUCCACAUUGGAUCGAACUCAAAGCCACUUGACUUAAUAUGCUGGCAUGCUGCCAUGGGUAAAAGAUGCAAAGGCCAGACGGGGCGUAGUCAUGAAGUACGUCGUCUGUACAACGACCACUCGAUGUCCAAGAAGAGUUCAAACAAUCACCGUUUAAAUCCACCAUGCACGCGCUGUGGUCUGAUAUUCCCAGAUGAUACGAGGGCAGCUGAACACGAAGAAAUACUAAGAUCUGACCCGUCUUGUCAAAGAUAUGACGCCAAAGAGGUUUCGAGACGAAACGCCGUUUUCGAGGGAGAGGGCAUCACGCAACAGACAAACGAUAAGAUUGCAAAAGCCAUCAAAGAUUACAAAGGAAGCAAGUCAAAGGAGUCGAGACUGCCAGAAAAUUGCGAUGCACGGCACUUUCAGUCAUGGGUAGCUAGCAACGUUCCUUUAUACAUCAGCAACUCCAACAUAUCGCAAGCGGAAGCGUUGAAAGAGCUCAGCCUCUGGUAUAUCUACUUUUGCGUACUGUUCCCUGGCGCAAGUGUUCCCAUCAACCCAUGUAAGUGAAGCAUAUCCCCAGCAUGUUGUGUAAAUGGCUUACAAGGAGAUCAGUUGCAGAAUCAUCUGA